AUGGAACAAGCAAAAAGCCAUAGCGAGGUCAUAGACCGCGAAGUCGUAUAUGAUAGCAAUGCUGGCUCUCGGCCAGAAGCACCAGGCAGCUUCUCAAUAUCCGAUGAUGAUAUUCUGCGGGCCCAGGGCCAUAAAGCAGUAUUCAAACGAUCAUUCUCUAUCGUUUCAUCCCUCGGUUUUGCGUUCAAUAUCACGAAUGCUUGGGCUGGCGCGCUAAGCAACUUCGGACAGAAUCUCAGAUACGGAGGACCCCAAGUGGCUCUAUUUUCUGUUAUCGUUGCUUGCUUUGUGCAGUGGAUUAUUACCUUAGGACUGUCGGAGCUGGCUUCCGCGUUUCCUUCAUCUGGAGGCCAAUACCACUUUGUCUACAUAAUCGCCCCCAAGAAGCACAAGAGAUUUGCCGCUUUUGUGACAGGUUGGAUGUCUAUACUCGGAUGGUGGAUGGUGACCUGCUCCGACCUGUCUCUUGUCCCCAAAGCAACCCUGGGUCUCGGUCAAUUUCUACAUCCGGACUUCGAGAUAAAACAAUGGCAUGCAUACUGUGUAUAUCUUGCUACUAUUGCUGCGACAAUGACGCCCCUUCUCUUGUGCCCCAAGAAACUACCACUCAUCACAUCCUGGUCUCUGUACCUCGCAUUGUCUGGAUUUGCCAUUUGGUUCGUAACCGUUCUUGUUAUGCGUCAACAUACAAAUACCAGGUCUUAUAUCAUCAGAUCUGGUCUUGGUACAAGUGGAUGGAACAAUGGCAUCGCCUGGCUUCUCGGGAUUACCAACUCGAUGUAUUGUUUCAGUGCCAGCGAUGGAGCGAUCCAUAUCGCCGAAGAAAUGCGAUCACCGGGGCGUCGACUCCCACAGAUCAUGAACGUGACACUAGCCAUUGGCCUUUGUACAGCGGUGCCGCUAUUAGCAGUAUUGAUAAUUGCCAUGAAAGACAUGGACGAAGUAAUGAACGCCGGAAUGCCAGCCGUGGAACUAUUGUACCAGGCGACAGGAUCAACGAGGGUGACUGUGGCACUUAGCGUACUGUUGACAAUCGUAUACGCAGCAGGUAUUUCUCCACAGUGGGUUACCUGUGGGCGUCUUGCAUGGGCUUUCGCCAGAGAUCGAGGUACUCCGUUUCCCGAUUUCUUCGACAACAUAGACGAGCGGUUUCAAUUUCCGCUUCGCACGACUAUAGCCUCUACGGUUUUUGCUGCCAUUUAUGGUCUCAUAUACCUUGCCAGCACCACGGCUUUCAACUCCAUCAUUACUUCUGCCGUCACGCUAUUGAACCUGAGUUACGCCAUUCCUCAGGCUAUUCUCGUUACGCGAGGUCGUGCGCAGUGUCUGCCAAAGCGGCCGCUGGAUCUUGGUCGAUGGGGAUAUAUCUGCAAUGUUUUUGCACCGCUGUGGAUCACAAUCGUGGGUGUUAUGAUCUGUUUCCCUUAUAGCCUUCCAGUUACCGUGGGCUCGAUGAACUGGAGUGCACCGGUUUUGGUGGGAUUGUUUCUUAUCAUUCUUUUUUUCUGGGUUCUGAUAGGCGACGAGUUCAAGGGGCCCGAUAUUGACUGGGCGAUGUUGAACCUUAAGAAUGAAGCAAGCGACGCUUCCACAUAUAGUUGA